AUGUCUUCGUCGCCAUCGACAGCCAGCGUAGAGUCAGAGCUCUACUACUUAGUGGCUAAGUAUCUGGAGAACGGGCCGUGUCGUGGAUCAGCUGAACUGCUGAAGAGGGAGAUCGAGGAGAACGCACUGCUGCCCAGACGUGUGGACUGGACGGGUGGCGAGCACUCGACCACUUUCCAAGACGUCGACCGCCAGAACAGUCACAUAUCAGCCACACAUCUGCGCCGUAUCGUCGACCGCAUCGGCGAGCUUCUGGAGCGAGUGGUUCCCGCGUCGGUGCCGGGCGUGCGCUCGCUGUUGGGCACUGGCAAGCAGUCCCUCCUCAGGGACAUCGACGCCACCCAUGGAUCUAAUGUGAGGCCCAAUACGGCGCUGGCGUUGAGCUGCUAUCGCAAUGGCGCCCAACGCUUGCCGUCGGCCGACAGAGUGGCCGGACAUCCCUUCAACGCCACCCUAUCACUGAUUGGUCGCGAGAACAGUGGGCCCUUAUCUCAGCGCCAACUCCUGCCCACCAAAUGCUACGACAGAUUCAUUAGAUAUCGUCGACUCUUAGGACAUCUCUCAUCCGUAUAUUGUGUCUCAUUUGACAGAACCGGACGCUAUAUCUUCACUGGCGCCGACGACUCGCUGGUGAAGAUAUGGUCGUCAUCUGACGGCCGACUCUUAUCCACACUUCGCGGUCACAUCAAUGAGAUAACGGAUCUGACCAUCAAUUACGAGAACACGUUAAUAGCGGCCGGAAGUUGCGAUAAAAUGAUCCGCGUUUGGUGUCUUUCGACAACGGCGCCCAUAACUGUGCUCUCGGGUCACAACGCGUCCAUCACUUCCGUCAAGUUCUGUCCGUUAGCUCGCGAUGAGAACCGAUACCUCGUGUCCACAGCCAAUGACGGCUGCGUCUGCUUCUGGCGCUACAACGCGACUCUGUGCUCUCGGGUCACAACGCGUCCAUCACUUCCGUCAAGUUCUGUCCCUCGCGAUGAGAACCGAUACCUCGUGUCCACAGCCAAUGACGGCUGCGUCUGCUUCUGGCGCUACAACGCGACGACCAAUGAGUUCCAGACGCAGCCCAAGAAGUUCGUUGAGCGCCACAAACCCGGCUCACAGUUGGUGUGCUCGAGCUUCUCCUGUGGCGGCGUCUUCUUAGCCGUGGGAUCCACUGAUAACUACCUCCGGGUCUAUCACAUCACAGCGCCGGCCGGUCCCACGAAGAUCCUGGAGAUCGAGCAGCACUCGGAUCACGUGGAUUCGCUGCAGUUUAGUAACUUGAGUACGAGGUUUGUCAGCGGUUCCAAGGAUGGCGUCGCCCACAUCUGGUUCUUCGAGCGCCAGCACUGGCAUAACAUACCGUUGAAGAUGUCUGAGCGCCUGCCAAACGCCACGGCACCGGCCAAUGACACGGAGGUUACCCGCAAAGUGAGGGUAUCGAUGGUCGGCUGGACCUGCGAUGAUGUCCACGUGAUCACCAGUUUAAGCGAUCACUCGCUGAAGGUGUGGUACUCACAGACGGGUCAACUGAGACAUGUCCUCUACGGUCACGAGGACGAGGUGUUUGUGAUUGAAGCGCACCCUAAGGACAGUCGGCUGUUCCUGAGCGGCGGACACGACGGCGCUAUUAUAUUAUGGGAUGUGCUCACAGGGAAUGCCAUAAAAAGCUUCUACAACUCGAUCGAUGGUCAGGGUCAUGGGGCUGUGUUUGACUGCAAGUUCUCACCGGACGGCCUAAUGUUCGCGUCGACCGACUCUCACGGGCACCUGUCGUUGUUUGGUGUGAUGUCCCACAAACCCUACGACAAAGUGCCGGAUCAGGUGUUCUUCCACACCGACUAUCGGCCAGUCAUUCGAGAUAACAAUCACUACGCCAUUGACGAGCAGACCCAAUGCGCGCCACACCUCAUGCCACCGCCCUUUCUGGUCGACAUCGAUGGUAACCCAUAUCCACCCAAUUAUCAACGCCUAGUGCCCGGCCGUGAGAGCUGUUCCGAUUCACAACUCGUGCCGUAUGUGGCCGUACAUAACGCCAAUGGGAAUGACGUGGCCGAAGUGUUAGCACCGGUAGAAAUUCCAGGCUCUCAACCACAACCCUCAUCGCCCCAACCCCUUGCAAUCCGGCCCACAAUCGACGAUAUGAUACAACGGCUACAGCGAGAGCAGCGCCGACUCACUCACGAACACGACUACACCGCACAGCCACCGCCCGGGUAUCACGACCCGCGAGUUGGCACUGGUUUUGGUGCCGGCGCUGAAGCUCACAAUCAGUCCCCUCAACGGGCCCGGCACGCCUCUGGUCAGCGAACAGCGCCAAGGGCUGCGUGCCCAAGACAUCUCCCACAGGCUGUCGGCCGUUUGAAGUACAGGGCGCUGGCGCUUGAGUUGGUUUACCAAGGGCACACCCGGUUCUUCACACACCACGCUGGGGACUGUGGGACCGAGGCAGAGAUGGCUAAACAGAAGUGUAUGUCGAGCGCAGAGUCGGAAGAGAUAUUCUUCAAUAAAGAGAGGAGAAAGAGACCACAAGUGGAGGACUCGUCCAUAAGUGUCAAACAGGCCAUCAAAGAGGAGAGGUUUACGCGACGGAAGCGUCGGAUUAUUCAACAGAGAUCAGGGGUCAGGCAGUCGGGACUCCCGAGGGAUCGGUACGCCCGCAGACCCGAUGCUCGACACGGUAUCACUGAUUACGAGAAUCCCGAAGAUUUGAGUGACGAUAGCGAUAGUGAUUUCACUGCCGAUAAAGAGUGGGCCGACACAUCGAACUCAUCCGAGAGCGAGACCGAGGACUCGGAGUGGGAUCAGUGUCUGCCCUCCACGUCCAGGAUUAGAAGUAGGACUGCCAGCAGUGGUAGCGAUGAGGAGAGGGAAGGAGGCAGUGGUGAGCGAUCCGAACGACCCGUGCGGUCGAAGCGCUUGAAUAACUUCCUCCUCUUCUUUUACUUCCUUGCUUACUUUUCUGUUGUCAACCUCCUCUUCAUGUUGAGCUAA